UUAGGAAGGCCCAGUAUAGUUAGCCCAAUAGCCCAAGCAUCUUCUGCCCCCUCUCUCUCCGGCGAACUUCUCCGACGACGGCGAUGGCAAACCUACGCCGUCCCGCUGCUUUGUGCCGUGCCGUUGCUCCCCUCUCCUGUCCCGCUACCACUGGCUGUACAUCUACUGCAUCCGGCAAACUUCUGCUGCUACAACGCCAGCAAUUCGUGCCGCGUUCAUCCUGCCUCUUCUUGUUUUUGUCGCGGGGACCCCCUGAUGUUUAACUGGCUGGGUAAUCGGACCUCGAUGAUCUCCUUUCUUCGAGGAUCCCUUAUCUUGAAGAUACAUCGUAUCCGUGGGAAGAUCUACCUUCGGCGGCUCAGUUGACGGAUCGUGCUUUCGGAGGUAACCUCAAAGAAAUCGCAUGCUCGAUACACCGCCCCCUUCAGCUUAAUUUGCCUUUGUCAUUUGGUCACUGAUGCUUCUUCUUUUUUGGGAUGAUUUUUACUGGCCGGGGAAGAUGAUUGGUGACUGGUGAUGCCGUGAUGCCUUGAUGAUCGGAGGGAUCUCCUGGGGUGGUUGCUGAAGUAGAAAGCGAGAUAUGGGGUAGUGAAUCUGCACACUUCUUUCCUGCUUCAACCUUCGAAGUGACAGGGACACAAAAACUCAACCCACAGAUAGGGGGAUGGAGGCCAUUGUAUGUGCAACACAUGGAGCCAUGGGCUCCGUGCUACGGAAGCUGGGUGCUUUGCUCUCUGAUGAGUAUAAACUUCUCAGAAGUGUGAAAGGUGAUGUCAUGUUCCUUAAAGCUGAGCUUGAGAGCAUGCAUGCUUUUCUCAAGAUGAUGUCCGAGGUUGAGGAUCCUGAUGAGCUGUCCAAGUGCUGGAUUAAGGAGGUACGAGAGCUGUCCUACAACAUCGAGUAUGGCAUCGACAGUUUCAUGCUGUCCCCGUGUGGCGAGUCCAGCCGCAAACCCCGUGGCUUCAAGGGACGCCUCAGCAGGUGCAUGGAUAUAAUGACAAAUUCCAAGACGCGCCAUUGCAUUGCCAAGAAAAUCAAAGUUCUCAAACAAGAUGCUAUUGAGGUCAGCAGUCGGCGGGCGAGGUACAAGGUUGACGAUGUUGUCUCCAAGCCGAGCAGGAUAAGCAUAGAUCCCCGCUUACCAGCAUUUUUCACCGAGAUGACGAGGCUCGUUGGCACUGAUGGCCCAAAGGAUAAACUCAUCAAGUUGCUAACUGAAGGGGAAGUUGCAAUUGCACAGCAGCUAAAGGUGGUGUCCAUUGUUGGAAUUGGGGGCCUUGGAAAGACUACUCUUGCUAAUCAAGUGUACCAGAAGCUGGAAGGGCAAUUUGAAUGUCAAGCUUUCGUGUCGGUGUCCCAAAAACCCGACUUGAAGAGGAUUUUGAGAAAUAUACUCUCUCAGAUCUGCUGUCAAGAGCGUGUCAGCAACGAAGAAUGGGAUGAGCAGCAACUCAUCAACACAAUAAGACAGUUCCUCAAGCAUAAAAGGUACUUCAUAGUAAUCGAUGAUAUAUGGGGCACCCCAGCAUGGAGAGCAAUCAAAUGUGCUUUUCCUGAAAAUAGUUCUUCCAGCAGAAUACUGACAACAACACGUAUCCUCACAGUAGCCAAGUAUUGUAGCCAUGAUCGUGUGUAUGAAAUAAAGCCUCUUAGUGCAACUCACUCUAAGAGCUUAUUUUUCAAACGAGCAUUUGGCUGUGAAGGUGGAUGCCCUCUUCAACUGAGGGAAGUUUCAGAUGAAAUAUUAAAAAAAUGUGGCGGCUUGCCGUUGGCAAUCAUUACAGUAGCUAGCUUAUUGGCAAAUAAAGCUAGUACCAGAGAAGAAUGGCUGAGAAUACGGAAUUCUCUUGGUUCAGCACUUGAAAAGGAUUUAGACAUGGAAGAGAUGAAGAAGAUAUUGUUCCUUGGUUACAAUGAUCUCCCCUACCAUUUGAAGACAUGUUUGCUAUAUCUAAGUAUAUUCCCUGAAGAUUAUGUGAUCAAGAGGGAUCGGCUGGUAAGGAGAUGGAUCGCGGAAGGUUUUAUCAUUGUUGAAGGUGGACAGGAUCUGGAGGAAGUAGGAGAAGGCUAUUUCAGCGAUCUGAUAAACAGAAGCUUGAUUGAACCAGUUGAAAUCCAGUAUGAUGGUCGAGCUGAUGCUUGUCGUGUCCAUGAUAUGAUUCUUGACCUAAUUAUAUCCAAGUCAAUUGAAGAAAAUUUUGUAACCUUAUCUGGUGACAGCAAACAUAACUCACUUCCAUAUGAUAAGGUUCAUCGACUAUCCCUGAACUAUCAUGCUCAAGAACAUACUAUGGUACCAUCGAACAUGGUUGUCUCUCAUGUUAGAUCCCUCACUAUCUUUGGAUGUGCCGAAGCUGAACACAUGCUUUCUCUUUCAAACUUUCAAUCCGUAAGAGUGUUAGAUAUAGAAAAUAGAGAGGUGUUGGAACACAAAUAUCUUGAACACAUAAGCAGGCUUUCUCAGCUGAAGUACCUUCGACUCAAUGUUAGAAGAAUCACAGCACUUCCUGAACAACUUGGAGAAUUGCGGAAUUUACAGACCUUAGACUUAAGAUGGACAUGGGUAAAGAAGUUGCCAGCUAGUAUUGUUCAACUACAGCAACUGGCAUGUCUGUUAGUUAAGAGCGCAGAGUUGCCCGAAGGGAUUGGGAAUAUGCGAGCUCUACGGGAAUUAUCAGAGAUUGAAAUCAACCAGAAUACCUGUCUGACCUCUUUGCAGGAGCUGGGCAGUCUGACCAAACUAAGAAUACUUGAGCUGAACCUGAAUUGGCACAUAAGUAGUACAAACAGUGGCAUGAAAGCUUGUGUAGAUAACUUGGUCAUGUCCCUCUGCAAACUAGGCAUGCUCAACCUUCGUUCAAUACAUCUUCAGAGCUACCAUUCUUGUUCCCUUGAUUUCUUAAUUGACUCUUGGUUUCCUCCUCCUCAUCUACUCCAGAGAUUUGAGAUGUCCAUUAACUACUAUUUCCCCACAAUCCCAAAGUGGGUAGCCUCACUUGAGCACCUCUCUUACCUAGGCAUCUAUGUCAAUCCAGUGGACGAGGAAACAUUCCGAGUCCUUGGUAACCUGCCCUCUCUAUUAUUUCUCUGGAUAACUUCAAGAACAGCAAGACCUAUAGAAAGGCUCAUUAUCAGCAAUAAUGGAUUCCGAUACCUGAAAGAAUUCUACUUCACUUGCUGGGACAGCGGGGCAGGGCUGAUGUUUGAAGCAGGAGCCAUGCCGGAGCUUGAGAACCUUCGGGUUCCAUUUAAUGCGCAUGAUGUGUUCCCUUCGAGUGGUGGUCUUGAUUUUGGCAUCCAGAAUCUGUAUUCGCUCAAGCAUCUCCACAUCGAGAUAGUUUGUUAUGGCGCGAAAGUUAGGGAGGUGGAGGCCUUGGAGCAUGCUGUCAAGAAUGCGGCUGGCUGUCUUUCAGACGAGCUCACUCUUGAAGUGAAUAGAUGGGAUGAAGAAGAGAUUGUUAAGGAUGGGGAGCAUAAACUGGCAGAGGAGGAGGUUGAGCUGUCAAUUGAGUGUGUAACACAUCAUUGAGGGUUCAUGAAGGGUAUUCAUUUUGAGACGCUAAAACUCGCUGAGGCGUUGUCGUGAUUAACUGAAUACUCCAUGGGAGUGUGGACUGCUUUUACCAAGGUUUUAUAUUUUGGUCCUUGAAGAUUUUCAUGUUGGGAAUGAUCGACUCCGGCAACUAAAUGCUCGAAGGCCCCAUUUGGAACACUGGAUACGUCUGCGGGAAAAUGGACCGAUUGAUGCGAAACGGAAAUGGCCUGUGAUUCCAGUUCCUUUCUUUUGGUUGGAAUGGGUUGGCGGAAACCCUUUUCAAUUCGCCAGUUCCAUUUCGUUUUUUUUAUGUAAUUUUUUGUUGAUUAACGCAUGCUAGGGUUUGAUAUGAUAACAUUGGCAUUGUAACAGCCUUGUUGUUUCUGACACUAGUGACUACUACCUCCGUUUCAAAAUAUAACACGUUUUUGUAGGCUAAACUCUAGCCUAUAAAAGAGUCUUAUAUUUGGAGAUGGAGGUAGUACAAUUUUUUACUUAUCCAGUGGAAAUUAUUAAUUACUCUUGAUGAUUGUAUGCAACCCAAUAAGAAAUCACAGCGAAAUUAUCAACUGUUC